CUCUCUCUCCGCCAGGAAGUGACGACAUGAAAACAAUAACGCGCUGAACUCUCUCUGAGGCAAAAUCCGUGGAAAGGUGUCAUUAUGCCGCAUUUGAAAUGAUAAAUGAGCAAACGUUACUCGUCGCAACUGCCAGAGCAAGCCGGAAAUAUUUUUACAGCACUUAGCCAAAGGACGUUGUUGAAAUAGAUCUUUAUAGUUAUGGCAGCUUCCUUACCUCAGAAGCCGGGGAUGGCAGGGAUGCCCCCUCAGCAGUCAUCCCACCUGCCUCCCAGCGCUGCGUCAGCCCAAGGUCAGCAGCCCAUGCCCCCUCAAGGAGCCCUGAGAGAGAUCUCCCCAGUGUUCCUCUGUCGGAUUGGACAGGAGACCGUCCAGGACAUUGUUACUCGCACCAUGGAGAUCUUCCAGAUCACACGAGCCACGCAACUUCCUAAUGGUGUGACUCAGAGCCAGGCAAUGUAUCAGGACCGCUUUGGGAAGCUCCAGGAACAUCUACGGCAGCUCGCCUUGCUCUUCCGAAAGCUUCGGCUCCUGUAUGAACGCUGUGUGGAGAUGACCUCUGACCUGCAGGAGGGGCCAGCAGAGCUUGUGCCAUAUGUUGGAGAGGAGCUGGCUUCUGUCAGAGUGGAGCCAUGCAGUCCUGCUGUCAACCAGGAGAGAACACAAGUUCUAGAGAAAGUACGUCAGAAGAACCAGGAGAUGAAGGUUCUGAUGGAUCAGAUGAGGAACCUGCUCUGGGAUGUCAAUGCCAUGCUGACGCUCAGGAAAUGAUAACUCUUCAUUAGAUCUGCUCUCUUUUUGAGAGAUGAAUCCCUCCGCAGGCAUAAUGGCAAACAUAAGGUGAAAUAAGAGAAUUUCUGUUGGAUUUUAGAUAUGGGACCUUCCACUUAGGUGCACCUCCUUUGUGUUGCCGCUGUGUCAUUGAAACUGACACAUUACUCACAACUUCACCCAACAUCUUUUUUGUUGAUUAUCUGUUAUAUUGAAGCUGUUUAGGGGAAAACUAUUAAUAAGAUAGGAUAAGGCUUAAACGAAAGCCAAAAACCUGAUACACUCCACCCCCAAGGAUUGUCCAAGGCAGCUGACAACCUUUUUUGUGAUUGCAAAGUGCUUUACAACUGUUAUUUUGUCACUCUGUGUUUAUUCAGAUACGUAAUGGACCUCUGUUUUCAUUAUUUUUAAAUAAUGAGUUGAAACCUGCAUUGCCUCACGUUAAAAAAAAAAAAAAAAAAAAAAGUUUUCUUGAAACACUAUUCAUGGUGUUUUGCUCCCAGGUGCUCACUUGACACCAGACAGACUUGGAUUCACUGCAGGUGAUUCUUGCAGAAAGCACAGAAGCUGAUCUGAUGACUGUGUUUACAAUAGGAACAAUUGCCCUUAUUAUACUCUGUUGGUUGUAAAAACACUAUGGGUUCAGAAUUCAAAUUAGCCCCUUGGCAGCUACAUAUCUCAGGUGCUUUGUACAUAAGUGUGUGUGUGUGUGUGUGUGUGUGUGUGUGUGUGUGUGUGUGUGUGUGUGUGUGUGUGUGUGUGUGUGUGUGUGUGUCUGUGUGCGCGCACAUGUGUGUGCGCAUGUGCUUAAUGAGAUUAGCUUCUUGAGUGCUAGACAGCACACCUGUUUACCCUCUGGGUGUUGAGACUUGCUUGCCUGUGGAUUUAUUUUUGUAUAUUGUGGGACAAAAGGUAGGCCUACUGGGUCCAUUCUGUUUUGUAUAAAAUAAACUCUUUUUAACCUAAAUCUCUUUAAGAACAUAUACUCUAAAGUCCUGCUUCUAAAUACAAGACUGGCAUAGUCAGACUUUGCAGGAUGUGCUCCAUUGUGGCAAUUCCAACCCCAAGGGCCGAUGUGGGAAUGCAUGCUCUCCUUCACAACUGAGAUGAUAUGUAAGUACAUCAAGGCAUAUCCUCCUACACAUAAAGCUGCAUAUCCUGACCCCGACCCUUUGUAUUCAUCUGUCUUUACACACCAACUGCUCAUCUAUUUAGUGUUCCUACAGUACAACAAGGCAUCAAAGACCAUGAGAAUUCCGCAGUCACAAAAACACAGCAAACACGUAAUUGAGUGCUUUCGAUUGCUGUAACUGUAUUUAGAAUAAUUCAUUCUGCCCAGAAAGGUUUCUCCUUUUCAGUUGCUAGGAAGAAAAAUCCCAGGAUUUCAACUGUGUAAGCGAGGGCACGCUAAGUAUUCUAUGAUGGCAAAUUGAAUAAUGUUGGAUUUUUGACUGUCGGUCGGACGAAAGCAGUUUGAAAUGUCACCUUAGUGUUGGAAAUUUAUCUCACUAUUUUCUGAUAUUUUAUAUAACAAAUGAUUAAUCGAAUAUAUGAGAAAAAAGGAUAAUCAAUAUUGAAAAUUUAAAUAAUUGUUAGCUGCAGUACUAGUUGAAACCAACUGUAAUAGGAUUUCCAAUGUACAGCACAUUCAAUUAUGUAUAAAGGACCAGUAUAAAGUCCAGUCUGGUUUUUGCAUGUUCCAAACUAAAUCAACAUAUGAUUUCUGGUUUUUCACAUUUUUCAAGACAAAGAAAAUUGUUGCUAAUCUCAUCCUGGUUAAUUCAACCAGGAUGAGAUGCCCCUUCCAUAGGCACAGCGUUGAAAUUAUUCCCUGUUGUCUUCCUGAUAAACGUGGAAGGGUACAAAUGUGACCAAUUACUAUUGGCCUCACUGGCUCACUGUUAUGUUUCCUUUUUAACCCUAUACAGUGUCUUAAGAUGUAGUAUGAUGUCCUGGU